AUGCAGAACUUCCGACAAGGUUAAGAUGGUUGUGCUAGCUCGAAUUUCCUUUGGAUUCAAUUCCUGUUGAUUUUUCUUUGGAGAAAUUGGUAGUUCUUGAAAUGCAAUAUAGCAACUUGAGACAACUCUGCAAAAGAGCAAACUUUCUUCCUUCGUUGAAGAUCCUUGACGUUAGCCAUUCCCAUGGCCUUACUGAAAUCAUUGACUUCUCACUUUGCCCCAAACUAGAGGAAUUGAUUCUUGUGGAUUGCACCAGCCUAAUUGAUGUUCAUGAAUCAAUUGGAAACCUGGAGAGACUCAUGUACUUGAAUAUGAAGGAUUGCAAGAAUCUUAGGAUGCUUCCGAAGAACAUGUGCAUGCUUAAAUCACUUAAAACACUCAUUUUAUCUGGUUGCUCAAAUCUUGAUGAGUUUCCAGUGGAGAUGAGGAAGGAGAUGGAGUCUCUAGAUGUUCUUGCAACAGAUGGAAUUCCAUUAAGGCUAGAAAGAAGUUUAACUAUCUUGAGUUCUUUUCCAUGCUCUUUAGUAGAGUUAAGCUUGAAGGGGUGCAAUCUUUCUGAUGAUGUCUUUCCUACGGAUUUAAGUAAUCUAUCCUACUUGCGAAGCCUACAUUUAGAUGAGAAUCCAAUUCACAGUCUGCCAGUUUUCAUCAAAGGUUUGAGAAGGCUCGAUCAUCUAUCUUUCCGGGAUUGUAAUAGGCUCGAAUCGCUUGUGGGGUUGCCGAAAGUACACCAAAUGACAACUAUAGAAGGAUGCAUAUCAUUAAGAAAAAUAAAAUAUCUUCCCAAUGAGCAACAGUCUAGAAUAAACUAUGUGGGUGGCAACGACAAUCUAGUUGAGUGGGAGAAUUAUUACAAGAUAGAGCCUAUUGAUAGAGUUGAUGUGGAACUAAUCAAACUUUUGGGCAUGUGCAACUUGGAAUCCAUGCCAGCUGUUCGAAUGCGUCAUCCAUUAGCAAACAGGAAUCCAAAAGAGAUCCAGCCGGUCCAGGGACUGUAUCAAGAUGGUAUAUUCAGCACAUUUUUUGCUGGGAAUGAGGUUCCAGGCCGGUUCAGUUAUAAAAGUACCAAGUCCUCCAUAUCUUUUAUAGUCCCUUUACUACUUGCUAGUCACAGAAUUCGAGGCUUGAACAUCUUUGCUACCUAUGCAAGGGCGAGGAAUUAUAAUGAUAUAUCGCCCAUAAAUCAUCAACUACUGACUAAAGUGAGUAACAAGAGCAAGGGUCUGAAGUGGAUCUAUCGCCCAGAUUUCUAUGGAAUUCCAGGAGAGGGAGAAGAUAUGAUAUGGUUGAGCCAUUGGAAGAUGGAGAACGAAACAAUAUUACAAUGUGGAGAUCAAGUGGUGGUUUCUGUAGUGGCCGAUGUAUUGAUUCAAAUAAAGGAGUUUGGUGUCGAGCUUGUGCAAGAACACCAGAAUAAUAUAAUGAUAAGUACCCAACACAACACCAAAUCAGAUCCUAAUCAUCCAUGUGUCAUCGGUGGAGAUUUGUCCAUGCGGGAGCAUAUACCAGGAAUAUACUUCCUUGGUCACAGUAAAGAAUAUGUUGAAGACACUAUGAAAUUUCCGCGGGGAGUUUUAUAUCGCCUUAUCAUGGACACUGAUGAAGAAGACAUAGGUAUGCUUUGUCGUUGUAUUGCAAUGAAUUAUACUUCAUCCAAACACCUCCAAGUCCAUCUGUAUUCAAUUCAAGUAUAAUGUACAAAUGAAUUU